UUGACACAUGUCAAUAUUUUUUAUCAACCAACAAAAUAAAAUGACGUUUUAUGCACCUAUUUCUAUUAAUGUACAAAAAACGAAAAUAACUGGACAUUGAUUACUAAGGCAAAUAAAUUUGUGUGUUCUGGUUGUGCUGGAAGAAUUAUUCAUAAUAUAGUUUUCUCAAACGUCUAGAAGAUUUGAUAUACGUUACGCAUACAUUGAUCAUUGAUUUAAUAAAACAGUUUUAUGUGAUCUUUUCCUUGCGAUAAGAAGUUUUAAAAACUGUGGUAAUAAUUUUUGUAGUUUAUAGUAAUUUUACAGCUUCUAUCGACAUAAACGACUUUGCAGUUUCUUAAAAUUAAAGGAGAUGCGUUGGCAACUUAAGAUGUCAUUUCUCCAAUAGGGAUCAAAUUGAUGUAGGGUCUGUUAAAAUCAAACUGCAAGAACUGUAUAUAUAUCGCGGGCCGGGGAUGGGUCGCGGCGCGCGGCUGCGGCUGGCGCUGGCGCUGCUGGCGGGCGCGGCGCUGCUGUGGGCGUGGCGCGGGCGCGGCGCCGGCCGGCCGCGCAGCCCGCGCGACCUGGGGCUGCCCGUGGAGGGCCGCGACUUGCCGCUCAUCUUCAUCGGCGGCGUGCCGCGCUCGGGCACCACGCUCAUGCGCGCCAUGCUGGACGCGCACCCCGACGUGCGCUGCGGCCAGGAGACGCGCGUCGUGCCGCGCAUCCUACAGAUGCGCCAGUACUGGAUGAAGUCGCAGAAGGAGAGCAUGCGCCUCGAGCAAGCCGGCGUCUCCAAGAACGUCAUCGACAACGCGAUCGCCGCCUUCUGCCUCGAGGUGAUCGUGCGCCACGGUGACUACGCGCCGCGCUUGUGUAACAAGGAUCCCCUCAUGUUGAAAAUGGGCACUUAUGCCUUAGAACUGUUUCCCAAUGCCAAAUUUAUUUUUAUGGUGAGGGACGGCCGGGCCACUGUGCAUUCUAUUAUUACGCGAAAAGUGACCAUCACCGGGUUCGACCUGUCGAGCUACCGGCAGUGCCUGAGCAAGUGGAACCGCGCCGUGGAGGUGAUGCACCAGCAGUGCCGCUCGCUGGGGCCCGCGCGCUGCCUGCUGGUGCGCUACGAGGCGCUGGUGCUGGCGCCGGCCGCCACCAUGCGGCGCGUGCUGGCCUUCCUCGACGUGCCGUGGGACGACGCCGUGCUGCACCACGAGCGCUACAUCAACCAGCCCGGCGGCGUCGCGCUCUCCAACGUGGAGCGCUCGUCGGACCAGGUGGUGCGGCCCGUGAACCUGGACGCGCUGGACAAGUGGGUGGGCGGGCUGCCGGCCGACGUGCGCGGCGAGAUGGCCGAGCUGGCGCCCAUGCUGUCCGUGCUGGGCUACGACCCGUGGGCCAACCCGCCGCGCUACGCCGAGCUGCUGCGCGCGCCCGAACCGCACGACCCGCACGCCCCGCACGAGCCCGCCGCCGCCGACACGCGCCCGCCCUGACGCUCGCUCUAAUAUAGCUCUUACGUGAA